CAUCCACACUCCACGACCAAGUCUAGCGGUUCAAUAAUCAUCGACCUCGAACUAAUUGCUCGAAUCCCGCUGUGCUCGCCAUUAGCAUACUCGACUACAGCGAUAUCUACGCCCGCUCGAUCGCUCGAAUAGUCGCCACCGUCAUCAUCAUCGCUAAGCCUCCCUCGGGGCGAAUACCGCGCAUCAGCCUCAUCGACACUGGGACCAGCCGUGAAGUGGCCGCGAAACGACAAACACGACACGUAUCCGCACUCUCGAAACCCCAUCACUCCAUCGCCAUCCGAGGUUCGCACUGCGGUGCUCGCGAAUAUCGCAUUGUUUCCAACCGCGCGGUCGCUAUAGCCGCACUCGGACCCCUGCCGUCAUCCUCCGUAACGCCCAGCCCCGACCACAACUCGACAAACAGCCACGAAGUGCAGCGAACCAUCAACGACCGGAAGUGCUUCCACCAUCCGUGGCAGCGUGCUUCCUUCCCGUCGGCGGUGCAGACACGUUGCACCCAAUUGGUAGAUCCAUCGCUUUGGAUCUAGUACUCUGCGCGGAGCUCUUGCGCACACCGUAGUCCCCGCACGGCCAAGAUGGGUGUGUGUGUGAGCACGAAUAACGGCGAGGAGGCCGAGUCGAAGAAAAAGAGCCAGAUGAUAGAUGAGGGGAUCGCUGCUGAUGCACGACGACUACGACGGGAAUGCAAGAUCCUGUUGCUGGGUUCUGGAGAGAGCGGGAAGUCAACUAUCGUGAAACAGAUGAAGAUUAUCCAUCAGAAUGGAUAUUCGAUGGAUGAAUUGGCGUUAUAUCGACUGACGAUCUACAAGAAUCUUAUCGACUGUGCCAAGGCGUUGGUUGGAGCCAUGAGGCAAUUUGACAUAUUGCCAAAGAACCCGGAGAACAUCGAAUAUUGCGACUUUCUCGCUGAUUAUCAGGUCGAUCCAGAUCCACAUAUCCCCUUAGACUCCAAAAUUGGAGUGGCCGUGAUGUCGCUAUGGAAAGAUCCCAAUAUGGAGAUUUUGUUACAGAGGCAAAGCGAAUUCUACAUGAUGGAUUCUGCACCAUAUUUCUUCGAAGAGUCAUUGAGAAUAUCAGCACCGGAAUAUAUUCCCACUGAGGCCGAUGUCCUCAGAGCUAGAACAAAGACCACAGGUAUAUACGAGACGAGAUUUUCGAUGGGCCAGUUAGGCAUACACAUGUUCGAUGUCGGCGGGCAGAGGAGUGAAAGGAAGAAGUGGAUUCAUUGCUUCGAAAAUGUCACAUCUAUCAUCUUCUGCGUAGCAUUGAGCGAGUACGAUCAAGUAUUGCUUGAAGAGAGUAAUCAGAACCGAAUGAUGGAGAGUUUGGUGCUCUUCGAUUCGGUCGUCAAUUCGCGAUGGUUUAUGAGGACCAGUAUCAUUCUAUUCCUCAACAAGUUUGAUUUGUUCAAGCAAAAGCUGGGCAGGUCUCCACUAGGGAAUUAUUUCCCCGACUAUUCUGGUGGCAACGACGUGAAUAGAGCUGCAAAGUAUCUUUUGUGGCGGUUCAAUCAAGUCAACAGAGCUCAUCUGAAUUUAUAUCCUCAUCUCACGCAGGCCACUGAUACGUCGAAUAUCCGACUCGUUUUCGCCGCAGUGAAGGAGACGAUUCUACAGAAUGCCCUGAAAGACUCGGGCAUUCUUUGAGGUGGCGAUAUUAUGCAUGCAUCUGAAUUUUUCCUUUAUUUUUUCACGAACAGGGUAGCAGGAAUUGCAGGCGUCUCUCCCCCAGGGGCCUCGCAGACGGAGUUUAUGGCGCAGCUGUCGAAUAGCCCACCACCACCAUCUUUGGCACGGCUUUAUGGGCGCGUCGUAACAAUUUUUGGUCACAAAACGGGAGCACAUCUUACUUUUUAUUUUAUUUUUUUGGAUUUCGGGCGAUGGGAAUGGGAUGGAGGCAGAGUUUGGAGAGCAGUCGUCGUUGACACUGACACGUGGCAUACCCAUUGAAGUAUUUUGUUUUGUUUGGUGGGGAUAAAUAGGUGGAAGAGGAAGAGGAGGAAUGGGAAGGCCUUGUUGAGCGAAAGCUAUUAAGACAUGAGAUGGCUAUAUGUCUCGCAAACGCCUGGACGGCAGACCCGGGGCGUGGAGAGCGGCGGGACGAUGAGCGCGGGAGUCAGAUAUAAUAACCCAGAUAAUAUUAUGCUACGCUUGAUGAUCAAACCGAA